AUGAAUAAAAAUUUAAAUAAAAUUUUAAUUUUAAUUAGAAAGAUAAAUAAAAUGGAACAAAAGAAGUUAUUAAAAGAAUAUUUAAACAUACUUAAAAAUAUAAAAAGAAUAAAAAAGAAUAGAUCAGAUUUAUUAAAUAAAGUACAUUGGGAGUUUGAGAAUCACAAUUUUGAUUUAUUUGAGAAUAGAGAAUCUAAAAUAUCAAAGUAUUUAAUAAAGAAAAGAGAAUACACAGGAUCAUUUUUAGGAAGUUCAUUGGGAUUUACUAAAAUGAACUAUGAAUCAAAGCAUAACAUCAUUUUAUCACAAUUUAAUCUAGAAAAGAAACCAACAGUAUGUUCAGCUAGAAAUUCACUAGCUUAUGAAACCCUCAAAAGAUUGAUAAUAAUUUUAUAUGAAAUGAUUGAUAAGAAAAAUUAA